AUGAUUUCCAUCCCCCUCUGCUCUCACGUUCCACCCUUCUUUCUCAAAAUCAGUUCUUUACCCCUUAAAGCUCACCUAUGUAGCAAAAUGUCCAAUCUCCCACCACCCCGCCUAGUAAUUGCCUCAAACACCUCCACCGGCCAAUCCACCAUCUCCUCUGAAAGAACGCUCACUCCCUAUCACCCAUUCGGACCGCAAGCAACAGGCUUCACAACGCUAUUCUCUACCUCAUCCUUCCCACCAUCCAACAUCGCUCCGCCACUCUCCUCAAGCACCACAUCAAUCCCUCGACCUGGGGAUAACGGAACCGUAUUCUGCACGUCCGAUGUUCCGCCUAACACGACGAGUGCGUUUCAUAGAACGAGAACGCUAGAUUACAUGGUUGUUUUGAAGGGAGAGAUUGUGUUGAGGGUUGAUGAUGGGGAUGAGAUAAAGAUCGGGCAGGGAGAGAUGUGCGUUCAGAGAGGAAAUAUACAUUCUUGGAUCAACAAAACUGAUCAAUGGUGUCGUAUGCUAUUCGUAAUGUUAGAUUCGGAACCAGUGACAUUAGAAGACGGUAACGUGCUGGAAGAUGCAUUCUUCCCACAUAAGCCAGCCUCAUGA